GUAUCCUGAAGCAGAUAAACUCGAGUUUUGAUAUAAUAACAAUGGCAGAAUAUAGUAGUCACUUUGAAAAAGUAUUGAAUUUUACAAGUAUUUAUCAAGAAUUAAUAAAUUGUCAUUUAGUUGAUUUCAUUACCAACAAAUUAUGGGACAAAUGUAUACCAGAGAAACUUAAAUCAGAACUGGAGAGCAUUAAUAUGAUUGAUGAUAUUUGGACAGGAAGUAAUAUGAGCUCGGAACUGAGCAAUUUCAUACAACUAACAAGAUCACUUUCUUUGGAAUCAUGUCCGGCGGUUAUACAUGUAGAUGAUUUGCCAAAAUUGUUACCACAAUUUCUCAAUAAGGAACAGUCAAUUAAAAGUAAAUUGAUUCAUCAAAAGUUCGAGCUUAUGAACAGCAAAAAAUCGUAUGAAAUACGAGUUUUAGGAAAACUUAUUGCUGAAAUAGCGCUUUGCACUGGCAGUUUAGUAAUAGACGCUGGAGCCGGAAAAGCAUACUUGUCGACAUACUUGUCAGAACAUUUUGACAUUCCUGUAUUGGCGAUUGAUUCAUCACAAGUUUGUCAUAAGGGUGCAGUGAAUCGUCAGGAAAAGAUUCAAAGAAGAAAACAAUCGUUAACUAAGGUUCGAUACAUUGUUCAAGAGUUAACUGAUACUACUGAUUAUAACAGUAUGGUGAAUACAAAUUAUCCCGAUUGGUGUUUAAACAGGAAUCUUAUUUUAACAGGAUUACAUACUUGUGGAAUGCUUGUUCAUUCUACGAUUAGAGCUUUCUUAUGUUCAGAGGACAUUAACUUGCUCUUUAUAGUACCAUGUUGUUAUCAUUUGGUAGAGGAAUCAUUGAGUGGUAGUUGGAAUUUUUCUAAGAAUGCUCGAAUGUUGGCUCAACAAUCAAUUGAAAGGAGCAAACAUAACAAGCAUCUUUCUCCAUCGUUAUUUUACAGAGCUGUAUUGCAAGUUGUUUUACAUUCCAUGGGACAUUACAAUACUAAAGUUGGUCGUGGUGGGCCACUGGAUAAUUUUGCAGAUUAUGCAAAAUGGGCUUUAUCUAAAAUUGGUAUGGAUAACAAACAGAUACCAUCUGUUGAUAUGCUACAGCAAAUAUAUGAAAAUCACAUACACUUUGAGCCCAAGUUGCGUCUUUUUCAAAUGUUGAGAAUACAUAUAAGUUCAGUGGUGGAAGCAGCGAUUAUGUUAGAUAGAAUAAUAUUUCUACAAAAUAGCAUCCAGUGUUCCAAGGUUAUGGUAGUGCGCUUAUUUGACCCAACACUAUCUCCCAGAUGUUAUGCAAUAAUUGCGGUUAAAUAAAUAAAUACGGAAAUGAAAUAUAUGCAAAGAAUAAUAAAACUCAAUAGAUAAUAUAAGAAUAUAAUGAAUUUUCUGCGUUAAUAACAUUAUUAUAUCUCCGACUGUCCGAUGUACAUUUUGAUAUAUUCAUAAAAAGUACUACGAAAGAAAGCGAAAA